CCCAGACUGAGGAGCUCCAGAUGGGUAGGAGGUGACAAAUUUUGGGGCUGGUCAGUACCUGAACUGGACACUUUGAGAGCCCCUCAGGGAGCUGAGCUGACCCCCAAUGGAGUGGACGGGCCUGGGCCUAGGUUUGGGAUGGAGGAACUGUACAGGCUUGUCGGCAGUAAAGAAAUUGACACUGAUACAAACUCCUAACAUAGAAGCACCAAGUGGGAUUUACACCAUUGUAGCUUAAUUCAGCAACCACAUGCAGAUACGUACCAGUGUGCACCUUGUGGAAUGCGUCUGCACAACAUACACUCCCUGAUGAGGUCCAGCUCCUUACGUGGGAAAUAAUGGCCCACGUGGGGGAAAGAUUAGCGUAUUUCCAAGCUAUCUGAUUUGUCCAAAUGAAGAAAAUAUUAGAAUCCCAAGAUAAAAUAGGCGCCCCCAUGAGUCAUGAAAAUCCCUUUCUUGAUUUGAUACAAAUUAACAUAAUGGGUUAUGGGGAGGGGAGCUGACGUGAAAAUGCCCUGGCUUUGUCCAGGGCUGGCUUUGUCUGUGACAUCAGCACUAAGGCAAGGCAUAAAACAGGCAAACAGGGGCUCUUUGGCUCACAGAGUCCAAUCAUCGGAGGAAGGAAGCAGCAUCGCACUCCAGAACUCCUGCUUGACACACAGCUGGACUCACACCUUGCUAAAUUCUGGCACCAGCCACAAGCCUUGGGGGAGCUGAAGGGAAUGAAACUGCUGGCUGCCUGCUUCAUGGACCUGCUGCUCACCUGUCUGGCCCUGCCCAAAGCCGAAUGCCGACUCCACGAGCGAUCCAUGGAAAUCAGGAACCCUGAUAUCGACCCUUCCUGGUACACGGGGCGUGGGAUCAGCCCCGUGGGACGGUUUGGCCAGAGGAGAGCUGUCGUGGAGAGCUCCCGGAUGUUGGGCUAUGGACACAGGCAAGCUUGCUUCCCUCUAGAAGAAAGCAGUGAAUCCCUUCAAGAUGAAUGAAAUGGCCAAGACAAAGAAUGAAUUUGAAUGAUGAUAAGAAAAGACCCUUCUCCUCUCUCCCUUCCACAUCCCAGCCUCUCUUCUAGGCACAUGAAAAUGUUUGGUCUCAUUUCAAUGUAAAGUAUCUUUGUGGCUAUAAAUGAUAGAAACCAAAGAGCAGUUGCUAACUCCACUAUUUUUGCAGACAAUUUCCCUCUUGUCUGUUUUUCCUUUUUCUCUCCCCUGUUCCCCAUUUGUCCCCAUCUCUGGCUUUUGCUCUUAAAUCUAACAUGAUUUGUGCCAGAAAAUUGCUGGGGGAAAGAAAUACAAAUUCCCAUGUUAAUUAUCUUCCUAGAACAUGGGCUCUUUUAUAC